CAUCUCCUCUUUUACAUUGUAACAAUAAUAUUUUUUCAAAGCUCACCUUUGAGACUGCAUUAACCUCGAGACAAUGAAAACAACGUCUCUUCGAUCAGUUUUACUACGGUUAAUUAUAAUAAUUCUAAUAUUUCAACCAGUGUGUUUAGGAUAUAAAAAACACAUUUUAAAGAAAGGUCGUGAGCGGGGAAGUACUAAAGAACUAAAAUGUGACGACAUAGCCAUAAUUGGUGCCGGAAUAGCCGGUACGUACGCUGCAUGGCGAUUACGACAUCAAAAUAAACGAAUAUCUAUAUACGAAUACUCAGACCGGGUUGGAGGAAGAUUAUACACAGUUAAGUUUCCAGAUAUCCCGGAUAUAAAUGUGGAGUUAGGUGGAAUGAGAUAUUUACGGAGAUCACAUGUAUUACUACAUGACACUAUAAUACAGUUAGGGCUUCCGAUCAAAAGAUUCGGUUUAGGGUGUGGACCAUCACCUGACACCACUAUCUAUGUACGAGGAGUCCACUUGCGUUUUGACGAAUUGGGUGGUAAUAAAACCCCAUACAGACUGCCACCCAACGAGAAGAAAACAGUUAGUCAACUUACAUGGGAGGUAUUUAGUAAUUACACCGAUGUUCUUACAACUAAUGUUCCAGAAACUUAUAAAAAGUUUUUCGUCAGAGAUAGGAGUGGUGUACCCAUGUAUAAACAAAGUGUCGAGUCUAUUUAUCAUAAAUAUUUAAGCGUUGAGGCACAAAAGUACAUUAGAGAAACUACUGCCUUUUAUUCCUUAUUAACGGAAGAUAGUGCCUCACUUGCAGUUCAAACAGCACCACCGUCUACAGAAAGUGAGGAAUGUUUGACCGUGGCAACGGGAUUUUCUUCCAUUCCUAAUGAACUACUUCGACAAUUUUUACGUGUAGGUAAAAGGCAUUCUAUCAAGUAUAAUCAUGACCUCAAGGCUAUCAGAAGAAGACGUGACGGAUAUUACAACUUAUUUUUCGAACCUACGUUCUCCAAUAGCAGGAAUUCAAGGUCAAAAUGCAAAAUUAAAAAGUGUGCAAAGAAAGUCAUCCUUGCAACCAAUAGAUUGUCACUCGAAAAACUGGACUGGCAGGGUCUUUACCAACCUCUUAUACGGGAAUAUAUAACCAAAGCAGUAAAAGAUAUGCCUGCAGCAAAGCUUUAUUUCAGUUACGAUUCUCCCUGGUGGAGGAAAUCUCCGGUUUAUUCUGACUAUAUAAAAUCAGACACUCCGUUUAGAAAAACGUACGAUUUCGGUACAUCAAUUCUUAAUUCCCCAAAGUCUGUACUACAGGCAAUGUACGCAGAUACAAGUCUAUCUUACUGGGAGGAACUAUUGAACAGAGCGAACGGAAACGAAACUUCUGGAAAUGGAACUGAACUUGAUCAAGUAAUAAAGAAGUAUAUGUCAGAUAUAUAUACAAUUCCUAUCAACACUAUACCACGACCAACAAAUGCUGCUUGGAUGGUUUGGAAGAAUUAUCCAUACGGUGGUGCAUGGCAGACAUGGAGACCGGGAUAUAUAUUGCCGAUAGUUGAAAGGGCAAUGACAAAACCAUCAGUCAGUGAUGAUGUCUUUGUGGUUUCAAAUGCUUUUAAUGUUCGUUCUUUUUCAUAUUGGAGUAACGGAGCUUUACAGUCUGUUGAGCUAGCUAUGCCAUAUUUUGGUUUGAAACGUCUUGAAAAAUAAAUCUUUAACACCGAAC